CAUGCUGGUGCAGGAGGCGUGAAACGCAUCGAAAUCUUUUUAACGAUGGUCGAACCUAGCAUUCCUGAUAGAAGAUUCUUAAAGGUUGUCGUGACAAACAACGCCAAAGUCCAAGAUCUGAUCGGUCUCAUCUGCUGGCACUAUGUGAAUAAAGGUCUACAGCCAGAACUCAAAGAGAACGUAGAGAGUUACUGCCUGAUGAUAGCGGAGGAAGACGGCGAGGUGGACAUGGAUUUCCCGGCCCUGGACAGCAGGGAGGUGAUCUCCAAGUUUGGCUUUAACACCCUGGCGCUCGUCGAGAAAGACGCCCCAGAAGACGACGGAAAGACGGGUGGCAGCGACAACAUCAUCGUCACAAUUAAAUCAUCGGAUGGUGAAUCAAGGCUUGCUGUAGAUUCAACCCAGAUCACCCUGAGACAGAUCUUAACCAAAGCUCUCAGGAAAAGAAAGGGCAUUAUUCCAACGGCGGGACCUCAUUAUUUGCUGGAGAAGACUUCUGCACCCGGGGUUCCCCUAGACCUGGACCUGAAACUCUGUGAAACAGACACCAUGGAUUUCAUCAUGGUCAGAGAACACAGUAGACGAGACUACCUCAACAAGGCGGACAGAACGCGACCGUACUCUGGCGAAAGAGAGCCUCCUCUCGUGUUGAGCACCCAGUACAGAUCGUUCCGAGUCAGCAUGCUGCACAAGCUGAGGCCUGCAACAGAGAUCCAAUUAGGCAUUUCAGGGGAGAAGAUUGAAAUUGACCCAGUAGCCCAACCGAGGAACACGCCGGCCAAGUUCUGGGGCAAACAGAAAGCCGUCACCAUCGAGUCCGACAGGCUCGCCUUCUGUAAUAUCACAGACGAUAAACCAUCAGGGAAGUCCACAUUCCGAGUGACGUUCAAGAGUGCAAAUCACGAAUUCAAGCACUACGACUUCGAGACCGGAACCAACGUCACAAAGCAGAUUGUCAAUCGCAUCAACCACAUUCUGGAGCUACGCGCGAGUUCGGUACGGAACGACUACACGUUGUGGAGAGAGCGGAGGCACAGUAGGAAGUCACACGAUAAAUAGCAAUGAUUGAAAAAGAAGUUUAUCUUAAACCGGCCUUUGUACUCUACAAUGAAGUAAAUCUAGUGACAUGAAGCUUUAACUCUUUGCCCGCUUUGUUUGACUUGAGUCACAUCCAGUGGACUGCCAAGUUUGACUCAUGUCACAUUCUAUUCACAAUACACAGAGUGCAUACAAAUGUAUUGUACAUGCACACAUACACAAUAGUGAUGUGGGCAUUACAUUGUACAGUGUGCUCACAGAACUUUUCUUUACAAUAAAACAAUCAAAACUUUGUGAAUUGAAGGCAUAGUCCAUGCGAAGCCCCUUUGAGGUUGCACCUCAGGUUAAGGUGACACAGGAGGGAUUGUUUCGUUGGCUGGCCAAGAGUUAAUAGCAAUUCAUAUUAUGAGUUUAGAACCUGAAUCAGGUCAAGUUGAUUUGCCAAAAUGCCAAGUUCACUGCUCUUUGGAUUCACAAGCAAAGUCAGAUCACUGAGAAUAGCUCAGACCGAGACAGGCUUUAGGGGAUGUAUUUAGAUCUAUUCAUAAAUGGUGCAUAUUAUUUUUUUAUUAAGUCACAAGUGUGGUAAAUGCUUGAAAGUGUCAUCAAUGAUUUUUACAUUAUUAACAUACCACUCAUUUAUAACGGUAUGAGAGUGACCCAUUCCGAAUUUGAAAUAUCCUCUAAUAUCCUUUUCACGAAUUCAAGGGUGUCUCGAUGUUCUAAUGCAUCAAUUGCUAGAUUUUACCAACUUCUUUUUUUUUUGUAAAGAAAAUUUAGAAAAAAGUUGAAAAUUGGGAUCGGUCAUCACAUUGUGGUGGUCAAAUUUGAAUAUCAACGUACAAAACGGCAGGUUUUAUAAGGGUCGGUCUGGGUACAGCAAACAACCUUUUUUGGGGUUGCCUUUACUGGUUUCUAAAUGAAUGCUCUUCUUGAAAUGAGUUGUAUCAAUUUAUUUAGUGUCUGCAUCACUGUUUGGUUUUAUUUGUUAAGUUUCCCUCAUCACUCAUCAUGGCAUCAUAGGUAUGCCGCCCUUCAUAUAUUGCCUAGCAAAAGCCACUAAUGAAGCGGAAGAACAUUUAAUGUAAAAAGGGGGGGUGGGACAUUUAAUUGCAUUGCACCUGUCCGUCUGUCCCUCUUUUUCUUUUUGGCAUAACUUGAAAAAUAUCGCACAGAUUUUCAUCAUGUCUUAAUGUGUUGUAGCAUCACAGUAAAAUAACCUGAAAUAAACCAUCCACUUGCUUAAUUUUUCUCUGUAAUCAUUAAGGGAUUUUUCUUUCUGGCAACCUGUCAAAAGUCUGUGCUGCGCCUUUUAGCAGGAAUGAUACCAUAAGGGUCCUAUCAGUAUUUUCAUUGCAGCUUUCCUGCAGUCCCCAUCAAUUUGUCUGUGGUUACUGCAGUGAUUUGUAACGAAAAGCUGCUUGCUGGAUACCUGUGGGAAAUAGACGCUGCUCUGACUUUUUACAAGGUGCGUGAGCUAUCAUGUCACUACCCGCCCUUUCACACCAGUAAAGAAAUUGUAAUUUGAAUGGUGAUUCCAUUGAAAAAUAAGGCUAAUGACAAAUAUUUAGAACGUGUGAAACAAAACUAGAACACGAUUAGAAUCACGAACGCUAAUCACAGUCACGACUACAAUAGCAAUCAUCAUUACAAUGAUGAUUCAAGAUUCACAUGUGAAAAGGCCCUACUAUACUUCGAAAUGUGGUUGUUGUUUUGUUUACCAAGUCACAGACAAGCUUUCAUAUUUUCGACGGUGUGAAAAAGGAAAUUGAUGAAAUUCAAAAUUGCAAGUAAACAUGCCGUUAUAUUUACAAAUGCAGGGAUAAAGCGAUGAACUCAUAUUGCACCCCGAUAGCUGUGGAGGCCUUUCAGCCAUGAUUGUUCAGAUUCUCCCUAUAGAUGGCGCUAUUUCACAUUCAGAAUGUCGAAAGCUUGCAGACCCAUUAUGAAUGAUUAAGAUUAAUCAAACAAAAUGAUCAAAUUCAAACGGGUGCUAUUGAAAAUUCAUAAUAAAAUUCACAUCGUCAAUUAGCAAAUUCUCGUGGACAGUUUGUCAUCAUAUACAUGUACUCUUUUUACCAAUGUAUUUCUAUUUUUGGAUUUUACUCUUACACAGACAGUUGGAUACUUUGUUUUAAAUGACAAAUUCACUCAAAGAAUUAAAAGAGAAAAAUCAAACAAGCAUGAUGGUGAAACUUUCAUCAACAGCAUACAGAAAAUAAGAUAGUUGUGACAUUUGAAAAUUAAGCUUAUUUUUCACAAUACAGAUUCAUACAAAUGAAGAGGUGAUGUCACUAUUUCUUUUGUAUGAAUUGUAGAGUAUUUCGUUUAUUGCAGAUAUGACGGUGAUGCUGCUCUUGGCUGAAUCACAAUAGGUUACAAAAAUGGCCAUUCUGCAUAUCUAGUGAGGAAUUAAAGUUUGUUUCACAUUAUAAUGAGUAGAAAUUUAUAGUAUUUCAUAUUCCCCAUUCUAAUAUACAGUCGUCCUCAAAAUUAUUCAUACCCUUGUUGAUAUUUGUGAUUUUUCAUGUUUGUGAUGAAAUGAAUGCAUUUCAUCAAGUUUCUCUAUGAUUUAUGUGUGACCUACUAGUGAAAGAAUAACAACAAUGCACAAUUCAAGAAAUUUCUCUUUUCAGGGGUAUUUUAUUCAUAGAUAUUCAAACAAUGUCAUGUUCAAAAUUAUUCAUACCCUAGGUUUUCUGAGUCCAAUGUCUUUCAUUAAUAGUCAAUAGCAUAGCCUUUGUUCUUUACGACUGCUUCUAGACGAUUCCUGUAAGUGUCCACAAGCUUCCUGCACGUUUCCUGCGGGAUGUUGGCCCAUUCUUCCUUGGCGUAGGCCUCAAGCUGGGUCAGGUUGGUCGGGUUCCUAGCCAUCACUCUUACUUUCAAGUCUCGCCACAAGUUCUCGAUCGGAUUCAGGUCAGGACUCUGACUUGGCCAUUCUAGGACGUUGACAUCAUGGUCCUUGAACCAUUUCUUCACCAGCUUGGCGGUAUGCUUUGGGUCAUUGUCUUGUUGGUACUUCCAGUUGGGGCCAAGCUGGAGUUUUUCGGCAGAUUCCUUCAAGUUCUCAUCAAGGAUCUGGAUGUAAUCCUCCUUUUUCAUGAUUCCUUUGACUCUAACAAGGUUCCCUGUGCCACUGGAAGAGUAACAUCCCCAUAGCAUUAUGUGCCCACCACCAUGCUUGACGGUUGGCACAGUGUUCUUUGGAUUGUAUGCUUCCCCUUUCUUCCUCCAGACGUAUUCAACAUCCAUAUGGCCAAAUAACUCCCAACUUCGUCUCAUCAGACCACAGGAUGGUUGACCAAAAGCUUGGAUUUUGCUUCAGAUGACCUCUAGCAAAGGCCAGUCGAGCCUUCAGGUGUUUCUUCCUGAGCAACGGUGUCUUCCAAGGCCUGCGUCCAUGGACACCUCCUUUGUGCAAGACUCGCUCGAUGGUGGACCGGGACACCUUCGUCCCUGACCGGUCAAGCGUUUCAAGUAGGGCCUUGGUUGUGGUCCGGGGGUUGUUGUUGACCUCUCUGCAGAUUUUCCUGGCAAGUUUAGGGGAAACCUUGCACUUCCUGCCACGCCCACUAAGGUUCUUCACAGUGUAGUACCUCUUGUGCUUCUUGAUUACGCUCUGGACUGUUGCCACAGGGAUGUCAUACUGCUUUGAAAUGGCCUUGUAACCUUUUCCCUCAAUGUGGGCAUUCACAAGACGUUGCCGUAGGUCUUCACCGAGCUCCUUCUUCUUGGCCAUGAUUAUCAGAGACUGAGAAUAACCAGAAUGCUUUCCUCUAUUUAUACCCUUUUAGAAAGAUGCUAUUUUCUAUCAUUGUUUAAUGACUUGUUUAACAAAGAGGGUAUUUAAUUCAUUGGAACAUCUUGAAAUAACUAUAGAACAAAGAAUAGCACAUUCCCAGACAGUGAAAAUAAUGCGCAUUGUCAUAAAAGGACAUUUUUGUUGAGGUAUUGGCAAGGGUAUGAAUAAUUCUGAACAAGUGCAAAAAAUAACUUUCGACCCUAUCUAUUAUUAUGCUAAUGAAGACUUGCCAGCUCAUAUGUCAAAUCAUGCAUACAUGUAGCAACAAGCAGACAAAAGAUACAAAGAAAGUUACAUCAUAAUAGCUUUUACAAGUAAAGAAUCUACCAAAGAAUUUUUUUUCCACAAGGGGUAUGAAUAAUUUUGAGGACAACUGUACAUUAGAAAUAGUGAGUGAGAGCAAUCAUCAGUUCACUCAUUUGCAUACUGACUAUGAUCUGCAUGUAGCGCUUUUAUUAAAUUAAGUUAAACUUUGAAAUGUCCUAACUCUCUUAUUGGACAUCCAAUUUUGAUUUUUUAGCGUUUAACUUGUUUGACUUUUCCUUUUUUACACAAAUCUCAACUUUUUGUUGGGGUAGACUUCCUCUCUAAACAUAAAAAAAUUGACCAUUCUGCCGCACUUUGGCAAAAGGAAGCAAGUUGCAAAAGUAUCGUUUGUUGUAAAUGUGUGUUUGUCAUUUACAUAGGCGUCAGUGCAAUUUAACAGCAUAUUUUCUUCAAUAUCUUUCCAUAGAUAAUUUCUUCUCCAAAUUUUGCCUGAACGUGCAACAUACAAAGGGUGUGUCGAAACAACAGUAACUCAAAUUUGACUGAUGUGUCACUUGCUUCCUUUUUGCCAAAGUUGGGCAGCAUUGUUUCCUGCUAUAUAUUGAUUUACAUCUACAUUGUAGAUUGUAGUCACAGGAAGGGAAUAUCUUUAUAUGACUUUCGUAUGCUGUAUUAGUCUACUGGAAUUUUGCUAUUGAUAGAAAGUAUCUUAACCCUAAAGAGACUUAAGCUGUUUUGAUGCCUCAAAAGACUGAGGGGAGGAGGCUGAAUUAGCAGCCCCCCCCCCCCCCGCCCCAUCUUAAUAGGGUAAAGGGAUACUCCAGGAUGAAAGUAACAUGAUUUGAACAGAUAAAGAAAAAUCAAACAAAACAAUGAAAAUUUGAUCAAAAUUGGAGAAGGAAUAACAAAGUUAUGGUGUUUUAUUAAAGAUUUGCAUUUUUCCGGUGAAACAGUUCUAUGCAUGUCUUCAUGAAUAUUCUAUGAGCAAGCUGAUGAUGUCACAUCCCCAAUCGCUCUUUUGUAUUUUAUUAUAUGAAAUUAGGUUUGUUCUUUUUUUUUCCUCCAAGAAUUAAACAUAUUUGAUUGGUAACUGAUUGAAUGCAUUAGAUAUAUAUUGCUGCAACUUAUUUCAUAAGAAGGAAGACAUACAUUCACACAUGUAUGAAAAAAAUUCAAAACAAUUAUGAUUUCAUAUACAUGUAAUAACAUAAGAAAAAGGAAAGUGGGGAUGUGACAUCAUCAGCCGACCUUAUGAAUAUUCAUGACGAUGUGCAUAUAACUGUUUCCACAAUAUAUUGCUCAACUUUAAAAUUCAAUAACUUUGCUAUUUGUUAUCAGAUUUUGAUGAAAUUUUCUGCGUUUGGCUCUGUGAAUUUUGCUCUACAUGUAUUUAUUAACAUAUAAAUAUAUUCAGCCCAGAGUAUCCUUUUAAAGAUAUUUUUUUAGUAGAUGGGAAGUUAAGUUUGAGCUCUGAAUAUUUCAGUUUGUUGUUGGCUAAAGUGAAAAUGAGUGCGUUGAUUGUAGAUCAUAAAUCACAAACACAGGCAACAUUUGUUUGAGCAAAAUUGGUUCAAAAAUCGGUAAUAUAUGUUUAAAUAUAAACAUUGAGACUUGUGGUUCUUUGGUAUCAUACAAAGAGCCAUUAAAACUAAGACUUAAUUGUUCAUGUGAUAGUAAUGAACUUUGAUAGUGUCAGACAUUUUUAGUGGAUGGGGCUGUAAAAUUGAGAUUUUAAAAUUUAUAUUCAAAUCCUUUGAGAUUGAAAAUUAAUUUUAAGAAUGGAAUUUGAACCCAGAGUUCAACGAGUCCCUAACUACAACGAAGUAUCUGGAUUUAUAUCAAAUCCAUUUAAUAUAGAUUGUAUUCGCGAAGAAGCUGGUGCUGAUAACAGAUAAUGAAAAACAAAUCUUGUGAUGACUUUUUUUAUGUUAAGAAUCAAAUGUAAUGUUUGAUCAUGUAAAGUCAUUUAUGGACUUGUGUAGAUGCGUGUAUGUUCUAUGCCACUUAUAAACUCGCAUAUUCAACUUUAUGUGCAAUAAUAUGAAAAGAAAGCGAGGAAAAGAAUAGAAAGAAAUAAAUGUAUUGAAAAUAUA